AAAAAAUAUUUUUUAUUAUUAUUAAUAAUAUUUAUUAAUAAACAACAAAAAGAAUUUUGUGAAAAUUAUAAUCUGAAGUUUUCUAAACAAUCCUAAUUACUAAGCUUCUAAAAAAGUACCAUUUAACUGCAUAUAAACAACAACAAAAUGUUGCAAUUUUCGUGUUUCUGUUUUCUUGUGAUAUUCUUCGUUCAUACAGUUCACGCCGACGAUGACAAAUUUCUCACAGAACCUCCCGAUUACAUCACCGAAUGUCAGAUAGCUGACAAAAAUUUCAUAAACUGUUCUACACAAAGUAUACAACAACUAUUUGACAAGCUGAAUGACGGCAUACCCGGCUUGAAUAGCAUCAAAAGCUUCGAUCCAUUCUAUCUGAACCGGAUACGCAUUACGCAAGGCAACAGCAAUGCGAUCAAUCUAAAAGUCGAAUUGGGAAAUGUGAAAAUCAAUGGCUUCGGACACACCAAUGUGUUGGAGAGUAUCGUUUACCCCAAAGACUUUAGCUGGAAGACCACCUUCAUGCUGCCUGAAAUGAAAUUGCAGGGCGACUACAGUCUUUUCGGGCGUAUUUUAUUAAUACCAUUAAAUGGGCAUGGUCAAGUAUUUUUAGACGCGGAAAAUAUGACCGUUAUUAUGCACUCGAAGACUCGUCUCUACGAAAAAGGUGGCUUCACCUUCUAUAAUGUCACAGAUUGCCAGGUAGAUUUCAAAAUAGAUGGUUUGAAAUCGUAUUUUUCAAAUCUCUUCAAUGGUAACAAGCAGUUGGAGGACAGCACCAAUAAGUUCUUCAACGACAACUGGCGCAUGCUGGCCGAAGCUCUAUAUACCGUUAUUACGCAAACGAUUGAGGAUAUUUUACUGGAUGUCUUGAAGAAAAUCUUUCACUAUAUACCAGCCAACUUUUUCAUUGGCGAUAUACCGACAUCGAAGCAAUUAUAUGGUGGUGGUAGUAAGGGGGCAGCGAGUGAGGCAAAGCGACCGAAGUAAAAAAAGAGAUAAAAAAUUUAAAAUAUAUUAAUUAAAAAAUAAUCAUAUGUACCGAAGCACAUGAAUA